UCUCUGGAGGAGCAGGAGGUGCCCUGGCCCUGUGCGGCUUCCAUUGAACUGGUCCCAACUCCAGCUCUGGAGAUGGCCCUGCUUCUCCUCCUCUUUGGGGGCUUUUGGACCCAGGUGAUGAGCAACCCUGAAGGUCUGCAGAACACAGCGAUGCCACUAUCUAUCCUCCAUACCGAGGUCCCAGGGACCCAGGUGAUGAGCAACCCAGAAGGUCUGCAGAACACAGCGAUGCCACUAUCUAUCCUCCAUACCGAGGUCCCAGGGACCCAGGUGAUGAGCAACCCAGAAGGUCUGCAGAACACAGCGAUGCCACUAUCUAUCCUCCAUACCGAGGUCCCAAGAAUCUCUGAGGUUCCAAGUAUCUCUGAGGUCCCAAGUAUCCCUGAGGCCUUGGCUGUCGACUCAGCAGUCUCCACUAGGCCAGAGACUGUGGAUCCUGAGGGGACUACCGGCAUCUGGAGUCAGACCCAACAUCUGACUCCACAUCCACCUUCCCCAACCCCCUUUGGACUUCCCGCUGGUGACAUCAUAAACACCCCUGUACCGGAGCUUGCAACCUCCCGGGAAGUUUCCAACAAGACAUCGGUGCAGCUUCCAGAACCGACAGCCGUUUCCAGUGACCUUCCUGCCAGCACAGCCAAUCCUGUGACAGGCAGAGCUGUCUCUUUUACCUCUCUAGCAACCUUUCAAGGGAUUAGUGUACCCGUCACCAUGACAACAAGUUCCAAGGAGACCAGUGAACCCUCUGUGGCUACAACAGUAAGCUCCAAGUCCAGUGGUCCCCCUGUCACCAUGACUACUGAAUCUCUAGGGCUCUCCAGUGAGCCACAUGGACUCCCCACCACCAUAGCAACCAGUUCUGUGGAGAGUUCUAGUGCAGCCGGUGGCACCCCAGUCUCCAACAUAAAAAUAUCCACAAUGUCUACCCCAGAGCCGGUAACCACCAGGACGCCACACCAGGGAUCAAGCGGCAUGUUGCUAGUGCCCAUGCUUGUGGCCUUGUUAGUGGUUUUGGUCCUUGUGGCUCUGCUGCUGUUAUGGCGCCGGCGGCAGAAGCGGAGGACUGGGGCCCUGACGCUGAGUGGAGGUGGGAAGCGUAAUGGGGUAGUGGAUGCCUGGGCUGGGCCAGCCCGGGUUCCUGAUGAAGAGGCCGCAACAGCCGCAGCUUCUGGGUCAGGGGGCAACAAGGGCUCGGCGGCCCUGGAGAGAGAGGGGUCGGGGCAGCGGCCCACGCUCACCACUUUCUUCAGCAGACGGAAGUCUCGCCAGGGCUCGUUAGUACUGGAGGAGCUGAAGUCUGGGCCAGCUCCCGACCUAAAGGGGGAGGAAGAACCGCUGGUGGGCGGCGAGGAUGAGGCUGUGGAAACCCCCACUUCUGAUGGGCUAGAAGCUAAAGACGGGGCUGCACCUCAAAGCAUGUGAGCAUCAGGAGGUCUUCACCCCACCUGCUCCCUGACUGUGGAUCCUGCGCUCAGCAUCCUGGCAUUCUACAUUUGUGAAUACUUGUGAACUAAGUGCAUUCAUUCAUUCGUUCAUUCAUCCAUCCAUUCUCUCCCCCUUUCUUCCACUAUGCUCCCUUUGGAGCCAGUUUCUGAAUCUCCAAGAGGAUAACCUUAGUUGACCUACAAUUCCUUCAAGGAUCCGCCUUGAGAUGCUGGGAUCUGACAAAGAAUGAAAUGUCAAACUUUGGGGAGUAUAUGGCGCCCCCUUCAGGACUCCCAUUUGCUCGGGGGGCCAGCUUAGAGACUGGAUGGGGGCAUCCAGCCUGUUCUUGGGUGAACUGUGACCUGUGACUUUCCUCAGAGCACUCUGGCUUUGGGGUGGCUUGUAGCUGCUGGGAGAAGCUGCCAGAGAUUGACUACUCUCCUGGGGGCAGAAGUGAGAGUUUCUGGCUCCAAGAAGCCUAGCACCUGCUGUGUCCACUCGGAGAUGCAGUUUGUGUGCAAGAUGUGCCGCUUAGGUGAUGGUUGUGAAGAGUACAGACGGUGGGAAAGAGCCCAGCAGGGACUGGGAACCGCCAGAAUGAGGGACCCGGUAACUGCCAAGAGCGCAGGGUCCUCCAUCUCGCUC